GCAGAAUGAGAGUGCUUUUGAGUGCGGGUGCAAAUAUUCUGCGAAGAGACUGGAAGCCCAUUUGCUUGAGUCAGAGGAGCCUUUUUGGGCUGGAAGAUGAGCAUAAGACGCCGUUUAAGGCCCAGAGGAAAACCGAUAAAUGGCGUUUACGGGAUGGAGCCAGUGAGAGUGAGACCAUGGUCUAUGUCGGACCAUGGAGCGACACCGCCAGAUGGUUGCAGAGUGGUCUUUUGGGUCUCAGUGCAAUGACGGCGACAGGAGCAUUCCUGCAUGUCACCGGCGUGUCUCCCUUGAUGGACACAGUCCUGCCAUCUGCCGGGAGUUUGGACGAGUUGACGACAGGAGAAUUCUUUUUCGCGGCCGCAGUGACGAUGACGGCGUGUGCAAUAGCUCAGUACACAACCUCGAAACUCGUCCUGAGGAUUUACCAUCUGCUGCUCCUUGUGCUUAAAGCUCAACAGGUCUACCGGAACAACGGCACCGCAUUAAGGAGCUGCCAACACUUGAUGCCACCGUAG